AUGGGUGUCGGCGCCUUUCUCGAACCGCUUAUCGUCGUGACCCUCCUCUUUGGAGGUGCCUACUUCAACCGAAGCAAGGACUACAACUUCUGGACAAACAAGACAGGUCUGCCCGGCCUCAAGGGAUAUAAGCGUUCCGAUGACCUACCGAAGCGGGAGUCUACCGACAGCCUGAUGAGUAGCUGGAGCGGUUCACGUUCGCCUAGUUUCGACUCCUCCGAUAUCCAGUCGACUCUGCGACGUCGCAAGUUGCAAAUAUUUGGUUAUAAGCGCAUUGUCACGACACCAAACACUCAUGUGUUCGAAGACCGUCUUCUAAGCCGUCUCCUCAAGAAGCUGCCAUUCUUGGUCGAGUGCUGGUACUGGUUCCUCAUCUACUUCGUAUACCAGCUUGGCCGCGCUAUCACUGCGCUGACCCUUGACGAGGGUACCGUUGAUGUAGCUCGCAGACAUGCGCUUCAGAUCAUCCAUCUUGAACAGCGACUUCACAUCUUCUUGGAAGUGGGCUUCCAGAAGUGGUUCCUCGCUAGGCCUGCUCUCCUCCAUUGGGUCAACCGCCUCUACUCUUUUAUCCACAUCCCUGGCACCAUCACGUUCCUCGUUGUGCUAUACUAUUUCACCACCACUCGACACCGACGUUAUGCCGCUGGUCGUGUGAAGUCCGAUACUGUAGCUGCUGGUCCUGCUCUCUACGAAGCCCGCCGACGAACAAUGGCCAUGUGCAACCUCCUUGCGUUUAUUGUCUUCACAAGCUGGCCUUGCAUGCCCCCCCGUCUGCUGAGCGAUCCUACAUAUAAUGGUCAUGAUGCCGAGGAGGCUAAGAGUUUCGGUUUUGUCGACAGUGUUCACAGUGGUACUGGCGAGAGUAGCGUCUGGACUACCAACCGUUUCUGCAAUCAAUAUGCUGCCAUGCCAUCUCUGCAUUUCGGAUAUUCUCUCCUUGUCGGCCUUACCGUCGCUACUAUCCCAGUCACCGGCCUCCGACCGUCCUCGUGGAAGCGAAUAGUCAUUGUCGUUGCAGGCCUAUCCUACCCAGCUAUGAUUCUAACCGCCAUCGUCGCCACAGCGAACCAUUUCAUUCUCGAUGCCGUGGCCGGUGCAAUGGUCUGCGCUAUUGCUUGGAACUGUAACGAGUUUCUCCUCAACUUCUGCAUCCUCGAGGACUACAUACUGGCGAUGCUCCGACUUCACAAGCCAAUCAACUGGACCGACCCUGAGACAGCUGUUGAUCCUGAGUUCCAGACUGGUCUCCUCAAUGAGGACGUUUGA